AUGGCGGCUCAGCAAAAGGCAGACAAGCAAGGCGCGGCGCAGGUCGCGCCGAAGCGGGCCACGCCGUGGAAAACGAUCGUCAUUCUUUUGUCCAUCUUUGUACCGGUCAUUGCUUUUUUAAUGUCGCGCAAUGCGACGCUGUCCUGGCGCACGACGCGCCUGCUGCAGGCCUUUGACUAUCAGCUCGCCGAUUGGAACAUUGACCAGCUGAAGUACGACUCGAUCCUGCCGGCGGAGGUGUCGCAGCAUCUCGACAACCUCAUGGACAACUCGCGUCGUUGGUUCGAGACGCUCGACUUCCAGGUCGGCCGCACGCUCGCCAAGGACGGUGCCAAGCCGAAGCACCCGGUCGUGCUGAUCCCAGGCAUUAUUUCGACCGGCCUCGAGUCGUGGACGACGUCGGAGGACGAAUCGUCGUACUUCCGCAAGCGUCUUUGGGGAUCGAGCUCAAUGAUCCGCAAUGUUCUGUUCGAGAAGGACAAGUGGGUCAAGCAUCUCUCGCUCGAUACCGUGACCGGUCUCGACCCCGAAGGCGUACGUGUGCGCGCCGCCAAGGGCCUCGAUGCGGCGAACUACUUUGCGGCGGGCUACUGGAUCUGGAGCAAGAUCAUCGAGAACUUGGCGGCCGUCGGCUACGAUAUCAACAUGAUCUACCUCGCUAGCUACGACUGGCGCAUGAGCAUGUCGAACCUGGAGGAGCGCGACUUUUUCUACUCCCAGGUCCAGUCGCACAUUGAGCUGCAAAAGCGCGUGUAUGGCGAAAAGUGCAUGCUUGUGUCGCACAGUAUGGGCUCGACCGUCGCGCUGUACUUCUUGAAGUGGAUUGAGAACAAAGAAGGCACGAAGUGGAUCGAGGACCACAUUGAGGGCUGGACCAAUAUUGCAGGCACCAUGCUGGGCGUCCCCAAGGCCAUGGGCGCGCUGCUUACAGGCGAGAUGCGCGACACGGUCGAGGUACCUCCUUUGCUGGCCUACCUGCUCGAACGCUUCUUUAGUUCACAUGAGCGUGCGGCGCUCUUCCGCUCGUGGGCCGGCAGCUCGAGCAUGCUCAUCAAGGGCGGCAACGUCAUCUGGGGCAACGGGACUCACGCGCCAGACGACCAUGCGGACGCCAAGGUUACGCAAGGCAAUGUGUACGAGUACGCGGCGCGCGGCAACGUCACGGAGAAGUUUAAUGCGACCGAGGAGUCGCAGUCGGUCAAGAGCCGCAAGUUCACCGCGGACGAGGCUAUGCCGUGGCUGCUCAAGCACACUCCGACCGACUACCAGAAGAUGAUCGCCUCUAAUUACUCGCUCGGCUUCGAGCGCGACAUCAAACAGGUGCGCCGCAACAACAAGGACCAGACCAAGUGGACGAACCCGCUGGAGGUGGCGCUGCCCAACGUGCCGUCGCUCAAGAUUUACUGUGUCUAUGGCGUGGGCAAGCCGACCGAGCGCUCCUACUGGAUGCGCCAGGACGGCGUGGAGUACUCUGAAAAUGCCGUGGCCAUUGGCGGCAACCACUCGAGCAACGCUGGCGCGCACCAGAGCAACACGACGCCGGCCAUGCCCUUGACCGAGGGCAGCCGCAUCGACUCGCGCAUCAACUUUGUGGGCGACUCGCCGGACGUGCGCGCAGGAUGCCGCAUGGGCGAGGGCGACGGUACUGUGUCGCUCCUGUCGCUCGGUGCGAUGUGCGUCGAGGGCUGGAAGCAGAAGCGCUACAACCCCGCCGGCAUCAAGGUCGUCACGCGCGAGAUUCUCCACCAGCCGGAUGAGCUCGACCUGCGUGGCGGGCCCAAGACCGGCGACCACGUCGACAUUCUCGGCGCGCACGACCUCAACGACGCCGUGCUCCUCGCUGCCGUCGGCCGCGGCGACCAGAUCGAGGAGCGCAUCUAUUCCCCGAUUAAGCAGUACGCUGCGAACAUCGAUUGGUAG